AGGAGGGCACUGCCGCCCAGGGGGCCCCGCGCCGCGAGCAGCAGAGGGAAGGACCCUCACACGCGUGUGUUCAACACCGCACCGCGAACAGAAGCCCCCGAAAGGAGCCCCGUGAUGCUGGCCAGGCUGUGAACAGGGGAGGCAGCACUGCAGGGGCUGCCGGCAGCCGGGGCUGGGGAGAGACAUGUGGGCACGUAGCCCCUAUGGCUCCCGCCUGCCAGAUCCUCCGAUGGGCCCUCGCCCUGGGGCUGGGCCUCACCUUCAAGGUCGCGCAUGCCUUCCGAUCUCAAGAUGAGUUCCUGUCCAGCCUGGAAAGCUAUGAGAUCGCCUUCCCCACCCGCGUGGACCACAAUGGGGCCCUGCUGGCCUUCUCGCCGCCAGCCCCCCGCAGGCAGCGCCGGGGCACGGGAGUCGCGGCCGAGUCCCACCUCUUCUACAAAGUGGCUGCUCCCAGCACCCACUUCCUGCUGAAUCUGACCCGCAGCCCCCGUCUCCUGGCGGGCCACGUCUCCGUGGAGUACUGGACGCGCGAGGGCCUGGCCUGGCAGAGGGCUGCCCGGGCCCACUGCCUCUAUGCCGGGCACCUGCAGGGCCAGGCGGGCAGUUCACACGUAGCCAUCAGCACCUGCGGCGGCCUGCACGGCCUGAUCGUGGCCGACGAGGAGGAGUACCUGAUCGAGCCCCUGCGCGGCGGGCCCAAGAGCCCCCGGGGCCCGGAGGAAAGCGGCCCUCAUGUGGUGUACAAGCGCUCCUCUCUCCGCCACCCCCACCUGGACACGGCCUGCGGGGUGCGAGACGAGAAGCCGUGGAAAGGCCGGCCGUGGUGGCUGCGCACCCUGAAGCCGCCGCCCGCCCGGCCGCUGGGGAAUGAGACGGAGCGCGGGCAGCUGGGCCUGAAGCGCUCUGUCAGCCGGGAGCGCUACGUGGAGACCCUGGUGGUGGCAGACAAGAUGAUGGUGGCCUACCACGGGCGCCGGGACGUGGAGCAGUACGUGCUGGCCAUCAUGAACAUUGUUGCCAAACUUUUCCAGGACUCCAGUCUGGGAAGCAUCGUCAACAUCCUCGUGACCCGACUCAUCCUGCUCACGGAGGACCAGCCCACCCUGGAGGUCACUCACCAUGCUGGCAAGUCCCUCGACAGCUUCUGCAAGUGGCAGAAAUCCAUCGUGAGCCACAGUGGGCACGGGAACGCCAUUCCGGAGAACGGAGUGGCCAACCACGACACGGCGGUGCUCAUCACGCGCUAUGACAUCUGCAUCUAUAAGAACAAGCCCUGCGGCACCCUAGGCCUGGCCCCCGUGGGCGGCAUGUGCGAGCGGGAGAGGAGCUGCAGCAUCAACGAGGACAUCGGCCUGGCCACGGCGUUCACCAUCGCCCACGAGAUCGGGCACACGUUCGGCAUGAACCACGACGGCGUGGGGAACAGCUGCGGAGCCCGCGGCCAGGACCCCGCGAAGCUCAUGGCCGCCCACAUCACCAUGAAGACCAACCCGUUCGUGUGGUCGUCCUGCAGCCGGGACUACAUCACCAGCUUUCUGGACUCGGGGCUGGGGCUCUGCCUGAACAACCGGCCUCCGAGACAGGACUUCGUGUACCCCACAGUGGCGCCUGGCCAGGCCUACGACGCGGAUGAGCAGUGCCGCUUCCAGCAUGGAGUCAAAUCGCGUCAGUGUAAAUACGGGGAGGUCUGCAGCGAGCUCUGGUGCCUGAGCAAGAGCAACCGGUGCAUCACCAACAGCAUCCCGGCGGCCGAGGGCACGCUGUGCCAGACGCACACCAUCGACAAGGGGUGGUGCUACAAGCGGGUUUGCGUCCCCUUCGGCUCGAGGCCAGAAGGCGUGGACGGGGGCUGGGGCCCCUGGACCCCGUGGGGCGACUGCAGCCGGACGUGCGGCGGCGGCGUGUCCUCGUCCAGCCGCCACUGCGACAGCCCCAGGCCGACCAUCGGGGGCAAGUACUGUCUGGGGGAGAGACGGCGACACCGGUCCUGUAACACGCAAGACUGUCCCCCGGGCUCCCAGGACUUCCGAGAGGUGCAGUGCUCUGAAUUUGACAGCGUCCCUUUCCGUGGAAAGUUCUACUCGUGGAAGGCGUACCGAGGGGGGGGCGUGAAGGCCUGCUCGCUCACCUGCUUAGCUGAGGGCUUCAACUUCUACACCGAGAGGGCGGCAGCCGUGGUGGACGGGACGCCCUGCCGCCCAGACACGGUGGACAUUUGUGUCAGCGGCGAGUGCAAGCACGUGGGCUGUGACCGCGUCCUGGGCUCCGACCUGCGGGAGGACAAGUGCAGGGUGUGCGGCGGGGACGGCAGCGCCUGCGAGACCAUCGAGGGGGUCUUCAGCCCCGCCCUGGUGGGGGCCGGAUACGAGGAUGUCGUGUGGAUCCCCAAAGGCUCUGUGCACAUUUUCAUCCAGGACCUGAACCUGUCCCUCAGUCACCUGGCCCUGAAGGGGGACCAGGAGUCCCUGCUGCUGGAGGGACUGCCCGGGACCCCCCAACCUCACCGCCUGCCGCUGGCCGGGACCACCUUUCACCUGCGACAGGGGCCAAACCGGACGCAGAGCCUGGAAGCCCUGGGACCCAUCAAUGCAUCUCUCAUUGUCAUGGUGCUGGCCCGGACAGAGCUGCCUGCCCUGCGCUACCGCUUCAACGCGCCCAUCGCCCGGGACACGCUGCCGCCCUACUCCUGGCACUACACGCCCUGGACCAAGUGCUCGGCUCAGUGUGCCGGCGGCAGCCAGGUGCAGGUGGUGGAGUGCCGCAACCAGCUGGACAGCUCCGCCGUGGCCCCCCAUUACUGCAGCGCCCACAGCAAACUGCCCAAGAGGCAGCGCGCCUGCAACACGGACCCUUGCCCGCCCGACUGGGUAGUCGGCAACUGGUCCCGCUGCAGCCGCAGCUGUGACGCGGGCGUGCGCAGCCGCUCGGUCGUGUGCCAGCGCCGCGUAUCGGAGGCCGAGGAGAAGGCGCUGGACGACAGUGCCUGCCCGCAGCCGCGCCCGCCGGUGCUGGAGGCCUGCCACGGCCCGGCCUGCCCUCCCGAGUGGGCGGCCCUGGACUGGUCUGAGUGCACCCCCAGCUGCGGGCCAGGCCUCCGCCACCGCGUGGUCCUUUGCAAGAGCGCAGACCACCGGGCCACCCUGCCCGCUGCACACUGCCCGCCCGCGGCCAAGCCUCCGGCCACCAUGCGCUGCAACCUGCGCCGCUGCCCUCCGGCGCGCUGGGUGGCCAGCGAGUGGGGCGAGUGCUCCGUGCAGUGUGGCCUGGGCCAGCAGCAGCGCGCCGUGCACUGCACCAGCCACACGGGGCAGCCGUCGCGCGAGUGCACCGAGGCCCUGCGGCCGCCCGCCACGCAGCAGUGCGAGGCCAAGUGUGACAGCACGCCGCCCGGGGACGGCCCCGAAGAAUGCAAGGAUGUGAACAAGGUUGCCUACUGCCCCCUGGUGCUCAAAUUUCAGUUCUGCAGCCGGUCCUACUUCCGCCAGAUGUGCUGCAAGACCUGCCAGGGCCGCUAGGGGGCACGCGGUACCCGGAGCCGUUGCUGCGCGCAGGCUAAAGCGGACCCCGCCCAAAGGGCCUGGGCGGGAGCUGAGAUGCAAAUGCCAGUUAUUUAUUGGGGACCCCUGCAGGGCCCCUGGCUGGGGGUGGAGAGGGGCUGGCGCACCCGGGGGCCCUCUUUAGCUUCGCACCCAGUACAUAGACCCCCUCCAGGAUGGGUCUGGGGACGACGGCUAUUGGCCCGGGGCCCCUCGCGCCCACCCUUAGGGAGUCUCCAGCAGCCCCCCACCGUUUGAUUGGAAUCUACUGUGAAGAGUGGGGUGGGGAGGGGCCUGCCGCCCACUCCUAGCGGGGGGAGGGGCCGCGUCUGCGAUGGGGGAGGGGGCUGAGCACCACCUCCUGACACCCCGACCUCUGCCCAGCCUGCCCCAGGGGGACCCCAACAUCCAGGCCACCCUGAUCAUGGUGCUACACGCCCUGCCCUGGGGCCCACACACCCCUCGCGAGGAAGCCCUACAUCAAUAAAGCCCUGUCUCGUGUA